GUUAGGUAAUCUCAUAGUUGUCCAGCAGAGUUGUUGGUUUGGGUUAGGUUCAGUUCUGCCCCCCUGUGGGUAAAGUAACCUUAGUAUCCUGCCACCAAGGUUAGUCAUUAACCUUAUCUUCUCACUCACUCAGGGCAUCGAAGAAGGCGGACAGCAUUCUGUCCGAGGCAUGCUGCCGCCCAGCCGUCACAUCUUACCAUGGGCGACUGUAACCACAGUACACACGAGCGGGCUUUGUCCAUAGAGGACGGCGUUAGUGUAGUGUUUCACAAAGUUGACAGCCAUGAUGACACAAACAGCGGCGACGAGAGUGGCGAUGAUGAACGGACAGCAGCGACGAUUCACUUGCAAAGUAACUGCCAUGAUGUGUCCUGUGAUUACGAUGGUGAUGCUGAGGGAGCGAGAGGAAGCGACAAUUCUCUGGAAGGCAGCGAGAAGACAACACUAUGCCCGCCGGCGUUUUGCGUCAGAAGAAGGCUGGCAUCCCGAGACGGAAGCGCACUUGAAGACUCAGAGAAACCAAACAGAUGUCCAGGUCUUGGUUUGUUCUAUGCUUUCCUGUCCACAGUUUUCUUCUCCACCAUUGCACUCUUGGUGAAAACCAUCGAGGGGGUCCACGCCAUUGAGAUCAGCGCCAUACGCUGCUUCUUCCAGAUGCUCUUUACUAUGCCCUUACUCAUCUACCACAAGACAGGUUUCCUUGGUCCCAGAGACAAACGCAUAUAUUUGGUGCUUCGGGGUUUCAUUGGCUCCAAUGCCAUGAUCCUGCUCUUCUAUGCUGUUCAGCAGAUGCCGCUAGCUGACGCCACAGUCAUCAUGUUCAGUAAUCCAGUCUUUACCUCCCUGCUGGCCUGGAUCUUCCUGAAGGAGAGAUGUACAAUCUGGGACUGUGUCUUCACUGUUUUUACCAUCACUGGAGUCCUCCUCAUCGCCCGACCGCCAUUUCUCUUUGGCGACCAUCGGCGUGGCAUUGAGGGCAACUAUGCUAACCACAUUAAGGGGACUAUUGCUGCCUUUGCAGGAGCUAUUGGGGCUGCUUUUACAUUUGUUGUCCUUCGCAAGAUGGGGAAGAGCGUCCAUUACUACCUCUCUGUCUGGUACUAUGCUGUCAUCGGUUUCAUCGAGUGCAUCAUCACAGUAUCCGUCCUGGGGGAGUGGAAAAUCCCAUACUGUGGCCGUGAUCGCUGGCUGCUGAUGCUGAUUGCUGUCCUGGGUAUCGCAGGCCAGAGCUUCCUCACAAAGGCCCUCCAGAUUGAGAAGGCUGGACCUGUGGCUCUGAUGAGGACUAUCGAUGUGGUGCUGGCGUUCAUCUUCCAAUUCAUUUUCCUCAACCGUGCACCGACCAUGUGGAGCCUCGGAGGGGCGCUGUGCGUCGUGGCGAGCACUAGUGGAGUAGCACUCCAGAAGUGGUACAGCAGCUCUCGCAAGAGCUGAGAAGGAGAAGCAACAUAGAAUACUUUGGUAUUACUAUCUUUUUUUCCCCCUAACAUAUGUUCUUGAUUCUGUAGUUUACUUGUUACUCUUGCGUAAACCUGUGAGAAGGUUUAACCUCAUUAGAGAGUUAAAAAUGUGUACAACAUAAAUGGGACUGAGGUUUAAUUUCAUCAUAAUAAAGCAGUUUUAUGAAGGAUAUCCUCAGUCCCAUUUUACGUUUGCUUUAACCUGAAUACAAUAGCCAAAGAGAGAGGUUUAUUGCAUUGGGACCAUCCAUACUGUGUUACAUAACUUGACAAUAAUAUGAUACUGAAAAAUAGUAUACUCCAUAUUUCAUUUUUAUUGUGGUAUGCACUAGGCACUAUCGAAUGAGUAUCUGCAAAAAUGCUCAAUAUAUUUGUGGUGCUGACAAUGCAGCUAGGAUCACUCUGUCAAUAAAAACAACGAAAUGUAAUGCAAAACAAAUAAGCUGUAUUAGCACUUAGAUACAUGUUUAUUAGAAAAACUUCACAGAUAUUUGAGUCAACAAAAAAAUAUAUAAAAGAUGAACAUAAAAUCCCAAAUUUGGUUACAAUUUUAAACUCGAAACAGCUGUACAAUUUACUCAGGGAUCUCUUGCCGAGCUGCUUAUGAUGCCCAAAUGUGAAUUACACCUGAAUCCAAUCCAUGAAGAAUUUAUUCCUUCGUGAUUUUAGAUUUUAUUUUGCUUCUGUCAUCCCUAUCCCAUCUAAUAUAGUUUAUAAGAUAAUAAAAUAAUAUCCAAUAUUA